AUGUAUCCAGACGUUGCCCCUGGGUGCAAACCCAGAGUGUUAGCAGGAAGAAAUCCCAGCGGGCGGUUAGCCCCCUGCGGUCAGAUAUUGGGGAAGGAAGGCCGGCGCUCAGAUGACAAGAUGCCUGGGUCAAGUAAAACCGGUCAACUUCACAGCUUCCCAUAUGAUUUUGAAGCUUUCAAAACGGGAAGCCCCUCUCCUGUGCUGGCCUAUAAUGCUGUAAGAGCUUCAGGAGCUCAAAAUAUUUACCAUUUUUUCCCCUUUUUAAACAGGCACUACUUUGCACUGCCCACUAAUCCUGGUGAGCAGUUCUUUAUGUUUUGCACACUUGCUGCUUGGCUGAUCACUAAAGCGGGACAUCCCUUCGAACAGCCACAAGAAUACGAUGACCCCAAUGCAAUAAUAUCAAAUGUACUCUCAGAAUUGCGAUCAUUUGGAAGGCCUGUGGAUUUUCCUCCCUCAAAAUUAAAGGCAGGUUAUGGAGAGCAAGCGUGCUAUGUUCUUGAUUGUUUAGCUGAAGAAGCCUUGAAAUACACUGGCUUCAGCUGGAAAAGGCCAACAUAUCCAACAGAAGAGCUAGAAGAAGAAGAAAUAACAGAAGAUGAUGCAGAAUUAACACUUAAUAAACUGGAAGAGGAUGUUGUGGAAGAAGAGUCAGACAAUGAAGAAAAUUUUAUUGACCUGAAUGUUCUAAAGGCACAAACAUACGGAUCGGACAUGAAUGACUCUGCAAAGCAAGAAGAGAUUUUACAGUCCACAACAGAUGCAGCAGAGUGGAAUCUGGAAGUGGAACGUGUGCUUCCACAGCUGAAAGUUACGGUCAGGACUGACAAUAAGGAUUGGAGGAUUCAUGUAGAUCAAAUGCAUCAGCAUAAGGAUGGAAUCGAAUCUUCUCUGAAAGAAACUAGGGGUUACAUUGACAAACUCCAUAAUGAAAUCGGCAGAACACUGGAAAAGAUCAAUAGCAGGGAAAAGUACAUCAACAAUCAGCUGGAGCACCUGGUUCAAGAGUACCGUUCAGCACAAGCCUUGCUGAGUGAGGUAAUGCACUGAUCUUUUGUUAUUGCCUUCUCUAGUAUUAACUUGCUCUUAAGUGAGGAAAAAAAAAUCUAUUUUAAGAUUACAGAAGUAUUAGAGAGAGUAAAGCAGGAAACGGAAGAGAAAGGAAGCAGUAUGACCGAUGGCGCUCCUCUAGUGAAGAUUAAACAGGCCUUAACAAAACUGAAGCAAGAAACCAUUCAGAUGGACAUACAAAUUGGUGUAAUGGAACACACAUUACUCCAGUCAAAGCUGAAACAAAAAUCCAAUAUGACUAGAGAUAUGCAUGCAACAAUGAUUCCAGAAGCCACAGUAGGUGCCUAUUAAAAUUGUUUGGAGCUGACUUGGUUUGCCCAAAACACGGUUUUCUACCAUUUGCUUUUUUGUUAGUUUAGAGGUUCCUUUUUGUUGGGGGAGGGGGGCAUUCAUUUUUCUUUUUUGUUUUUAAGAAGAUGCUUGUCAUGCACUUUUAAGAAGCAACAUGCACACUGUGGACUCAGCAUGGAAUCAUGUUUAGUUUUGUGCUGUAAAGAUUUACUGCAGAUCCCUUCCAGAUAUACUAAUAAAUUCUUACUAAUGAACAUGUCUCUACUUCAUUGGAGAAUGUUAUGUAGCGUGAAAGACUAUAGAAUGAUACUGACAGUCUGUAAUCCUGAUAUUCUACAGUGCUGAAAGAAAA